AUGUCGCAGGACGGCAAUAGCCUCGCUUACUCGGGUACGAGAUUUCAAUAUGCCACACGAGCUGAAAUUCUAGCGGCCGCAGCGGCCCUCCCCGCGCUGGGGAUAAUCGUUGUUAUACUCCGCUUCUAUACCCGCCUGCUCCAGAAAGCCAAGCUCGGAAUCGAUGACUUCCUCAUCCUUCCCGCGCUUGUCUUAGUCUGCGGGAUGGGGGCCGCUCUCAUAGCUGGCGUCGAGCAAGAGGCUGUGGGGUAUCCAACGCCUCCACCUCCAGGUUCUAAUCCUGAAUUGGUCCUCACCUGGCACGAUCCGAAAAUCACCGUGGUGCAGAAAGUCCAGUACAUCACACAGCUUCUCAUGAUCGCCGCAUAUGGCUUCAUAAAGCUCAGCAUCAUCUUCUUUUACCGUCGCAUAUUCACUACGAGUAAAAGCGACCGCUUCAAUCUCAUCACCAUAGUCUGCGCUUGUAUCGUCGUUGCCUGGACUCUGGCUUACAUCCUCGCCAUCGCAUUUAACUGUGGCACACAUUGGGGUGCUCAUUGGGGCUCAGUCGCCGAAAUCAUCACCUAUUGUCAAGGAACCCAGCAAUUGGUAGAAUCGCUGCUCAUUACCGAUCUGAUAACUGAUGUGAUCAUCAUCGCUUUACCAAUGCCUAGGAUCUGGGGUUUACACCUUACACUAGCGCGCAAGAUCGCAAUUACUGCUAUCUUCCUCCUGGGUGGCGUGGCCAUCGGCGCAGCUGCCGCACGCCUCGGCAUCUACAUGACGCAGAUAAAGUAUAGCCUGGACCCUACCAUGGAUGAGAAUAAGUCGGUGUCGACGGUGCUAUACUGGUCGAUGAUCGAGGCAGGGCUUUCCCUCAUUGCCGCCUGCUUGCCUACUACGCAGCACCUGUUCCGCGGCCGGUCCAUCGGCUCCGUCGUGGCCAGCGUGCGAAGCGCCAUCUCUCUGCCUUCUUUCACCGGGACCGGCGGCUCCGGUGGUUCAAGAGGCUCGCGUAGUAAUAAGUCGAACGCGCCCGCGCCUGGCGCCCAGGGACAGACCGCCAUCGACUCCCUCCAGAAGCUUUCUGAGUCGGAAAGCCUGGCCGGGCGAAGUAGCGGGGCUAGUCGAGAGCCUGGGGUGAAUAAGACGGUUACUAUUGAGAUGACUAGGCAGAAUGGGGACGUAAGUAAUAAGUAUGGCACCGAAACGUGGGAGACGGCGGUUUGA